GCUGCUCCGCGGGCCGGGCCGGGCCGCCGGGGAGGCUGAGGCGGCGGCCAAGGCGGCCUGUCUCGCGCGCCCGCGACGCAGGCCGCGCUCCCUCAGCCCGCGACGGCGAUGAGGCGCUGAGGUGGCCGCCCGCGCUGCGCGGCGGGACCAGAGGACGAGGAAGCGGCCGGGCCGAGGGGCGCCGGCCUCAAGAGGCGAGGGGCGGCGGGUGCAUGGCGCAGUGACGGCCCUUGCCGCUCCUCCCGCUACCCGGACCCAGGCGAGGCCGCCACCCCUCCUGCUCGGCCGCCGCCGCCGCCGCCGCCGCCAUGGCCAAUGACAGCGGCGGGCCGGGCGGGCCGAGCCCGAGCGAGCGAGACCGGCAAUACUGCGAGCUGUGCGGGAAGAUGGAGAACCUGCUGCGCUGUGGCCGCUGCCGCAGCUCCUUCUACUGCAGCAAGGAGCACCAGCGCCAGGACUGGAAGAAGCACAAGCUGGUGUGCCAGGGCGGCGAGGGCGCCCCCGCCCCUGGAGCGGGCCAGCAGCCGCAGCCCGGCCCCGCGCCGCUGCUCAGGAAGGCGGUGCCGCGCCGGGACAGAGUCGCUGCCGUGGAGGCCGCGGGCCCGCGGGCCGCGGGAGACGCGGCCAAGGCGAAGGCGAAGGCCAAGCCCGCUGCAGACCCCGCGGCGGCCGCGUCCCCGCCCCGCGCGGCGCCCGGCGGCGCGGGCCCGGCGGCGGCGGCGGCGGCGGCCGAGGCGGAGCCCGCGAAGGAGGAGCCGCCGGCUCGCUCAUCACUGUACCAGGAGAAGGCGAACCUGUACCCGCCGAGCAACACGCCGGGCGAGGGACUGAGCCACGGCGGCGGCCUGCGGCCCAACGGGCAGACGAAGCCGCUGCCGGCGCUGAAGCUGGCGCUGGAGUACAUCGUGCCGUGCAUGAACAAGCACGGCAUCUGCGUGGUGGAUGACUUCCUGGGCAAGGAGACGGGGCAGCAGAUCGGCGACGAGGUGCGCGCCCUGCACGACACCGGCAAGUUCACGGACGGGCAGCUGGUCAGCCAGAAGAGCGACUCGUCCAAGGACAUCCGCGGCGAUAAGAUCACCUGGAUCGAGGGCAAGGAGCCCGGCUGCGAAACCAUCGGGCUGCUCAUGAGCAGCAUGGACGACCUGAUCCGCCACUGUAACGGCAAACUGGGCAACUACAAAAUCAAUGGCCGGACGAAAGCCAUGGUCGCUUGUUAUCCAGGCAACGGAACAGGUUACGUACGUCACGUUGAUAAUCCAAAUGGAGAUGGAAGAUGUGUGACUUGUAUAUAUUAUCUUAAUAAAGACUGGGAUGCCAAGGUAAGUGGAGGUAUACUUCGAAUUUUUCCAGAAGGCAAAGCCCAGUUUGCUGACAUUGAACCCAAAUUUGAUAGACUGCUGUUUUUCUGGUCUGACCGUCGCAACCCUCAUGAAGUACAACCAGCAUAUGCUACAAGGUACGCAAUAACUGUUUGGUAUUUUGAUGCAGAUGAGAGAGCACGAGCUAAAGUAAAAUAUCUAACAGGUGAAAAAGGUGUGAGGGUUGAACUCAAUAAACCUUCCGAUUCAGUCAGUAAAGACGUCUUAUAGAGCCUUUGAUCCAGCAAUACCCCACUUCACCUUCAGUAAUUAUGACGCUCUCAGUUAACUCGUGAAUGCAAAUACAUGGGAUAAAGAAAAGUAGACAGCCGGUUGGCAAUUUAAGGAAACAGAAACAACUUUUUGUGUUGCAUCAAAAGGAAGAUUUUGACUCUGUGGCUUUGUACUGCAUGACUGACUCCAAACCUGCGGUUGCUUAUGGGAAGGAUAUAAGCUGUCAGCUGAAAGUGAUAUUUACAUCUGGACGUGAAAUAAGUGCCCUAGGUAGAAGUGUUUCAUUCUUAUAUUUUGCCAGAUCUGUCAUCUAGCUGAGUUCAUUUCAUCUCUCCCUUUUUUAUAUAGUCAAGUUUGAAUUUGAAGUAAUUUUUGUAUGAUCAGGUACAAUUUAUCAAAACUGAAUUGAGAAAAAAAAAUUACAGUAUUAUUCCCCAAAAUAGCAUCAAUCUAUUUUUGUAAACCUCUUCGUACUAUUAAAUUUUGCCCUAAAAGACCUCUUCUAAUGAUUGUUGCCAGUGACUGAUGAUUACUUUGAUUCUCUUUUUACUUAAAAUAAGAAAAGGAGCACUUUAAUCACCAACCGAAAAGUCAGAUUGUUUCCUUGUCUUGUCUUACACUAAUUUGAACUCUUUUAACGAUUGCUGCUCUUGUUGUUUUUGACAUUGUUAAUAGUAACACAACAGUAAAACCGUCACCAUUUACUACCAAUUACUUUUAGUUUCUGUUGUAUAAGAAAAAAUACACAGUAAGGUUUUAUCUUUAAGUUACAUUUAAAAAAACAGACAAACAAAAAACGAAAGUGGCUGGCACUCGAUGAACCUGAGGUUAUCCUCUGCAUCAAGUUCCCAAGGUAAAGGGCUUUCUUAUGCUUUCAGGUAAAGCCUAUAGACAUAGAAGUUACUGUCCCCAUUCCUAAGACUUUUCCUUUUGCUUCCCGUCAAGUUGAUUGUCCGUUUAAUUUUGCUGUUAUGUGUUCUUCCUACUCCCGUGCCCGUCUGAUCCGCAGAUCAGAACCUUGUUUCUGUCGGGCGGCACCCAGGGGAGCCUGCGCACAUCCAGACGGACCUGUGUUACCACAGACGUAACGUUAGCGACCCCUCAGACCGCGGCUGACCAUUCCCCACGCGUGACCCGGCCUCUCUAUCAGGACUGAAAGUGUAGGUUUAGCAGAAAAAAAAAAAAAAAAAAAAAAA